AUGGCUCUCCAGCGCGCGCUGCCCGUCGUGGACGUGUUGCUCGUGUUCUAUGAGCUGGAUAUGCGCAAGUCGGAUGGGGAGGUGCCGAGGUGCGCCUCGUCCAUCCACGGCAGGCACGCGCUCCUUGGCGAGCUGCUGCGCCGGAGAUCUGGAGGUAGAAGAUAG